UUCCCUGAGGCGAAAGAGCCACUGUGCCCGCCUUUCAGAUGCUAUGAUUGGUCACCCUCCCUCAACUCGCCAGUUUAUUGGCCAGCACCGCGAGGCUGAGGUGCAGCGGGGUCUGAGGGCAGUGUCAGGCCCGCUGCCAUGGCGUCUUAUUUCGAUGAACACGACUGCGAGCCGUUGCACUCCGAGCAGGAUGCCCGGACCAACAUGCUGCUGGAGCUCGCCAGGUCCCUUUUCAAUAGGAUGGACUUCGAAGACUUGGGGUUGGUAGUAGAUUGGGAUCACCACCUGCCUCCACCUGCUGCCAAGACUGCAGUUGAGAACCUCCCCAGGACAGUCAUCAGGGGCUCUCAGGCUGGCUCGCAAGCAGCAGCAGAAGCACCGACUCGAGAACCUCCAUGGAGCCAUGUACACAUGAGGUGGCUGGGACGGCACACCAGUCCUCCACAACACCUUCCUCGUCUGCCUCGGAUUCUCAUUAAAAGUUUCUUUACCCAUCCUGCCGCUCCAUUGCUCACAGGCCUGGGCAGGGACUCUGUACUCUCCAGUGGGUCUCUACUGCUAUGGGGGAAGGUGGUCCUGAACCGUAGAAGGUACCAGGCUGCCAAGCCUGCUGGCCUCAGGGCAGUAGGGCCCAGGUCAAGCACUUGGCCACCGACCAGACCAGCCAGGGCUUCGGCCUCUGUGUCUGCAGUUGGAAAGCAAAAUGUGUCAGGGUCUGGCAGCCAGUAAUUACUUAAAAACGGUAAAGAAAAACUAGCCCAUCUCUCUCCCUCCCCCUGCAAUCUUUAGUCAACCUUAGAAUCCCAGGGGCUUUCUUUAGCGUCACUGCAAAGACUGCUUCUAACAAACAUUUCCAAGUUAUUCUCUGUAUCCUCCCUUCCUCCUAUCCCUUAGUGUGGAAUCAAGCUUCAAACCAGACUCUGAGCAGGACAGGAAGGGUGAAAGGAUGGAGUCGGCUCUUUAGACUGUUUAAAGGCCCAGAAAGGGCUUCAAGCCCUUGCCGGGUAUUUGGAUAGCACUUGGCAUCCCUCGUUUUUCUCAAAGAGCAGCGGGCACUCGGGACCCUCCCUGGAGGCAGAGGCUUUCUCCCAUCCUUUGCCUAGGGAAAGCCAGGAUCAGGCCCUCUCCGACUCUCCAGAACAGACUACAGACAUGCAAAUUAGAAUUCUUUUAAUAGAUAUAUAUAUAAAAAAAAGUACU